AUAGGUGCAUCAAUAUGAUUAUGACAUGAUUCGGUACAGAACGUUUUAGUUCUCCGGCUUGAUGCACAGUGGGUUUCAAAAUGCUGUUCUCGAGAUUGGUGCUCCUGGGAAUGCUCUUUCUGUCCCUAAGUUUUGGCCAGUUGCGGGAGAACGAUGCUCAACAGCGCUUUUCACGAUCUGUGGUGAAUAUGGAUGAUAUGUUGAACUUAGAGGACGAUCUUGUCACAAAUCUGGAAAAGCUGGCGGAAGCGCUCUCCCGAAAAGCCAAAAUCAUCAAAUGGGGAGUCUUCAAGAUGAUGAAAAGGCGACAGGAGUAUAAGUCGUUUAGGGAACUUUUUGCCAAUCCGAUUGACACCUUUUCCCUCAUUCGUCACAUGCAGUCGGACUGGUUGAUGUGGCUAGUGUACUUGAAAAUGCCUGUUGGCCAAGAAGAAUUGGCCGUUCUGGACUCAAGGAUGCCUUUAUUGCCAAAGUACUUUGACUUUAUAGAUGCCGCUGAAGGAAUUCGAAAAAUGCAGGCCACAUACCAGAUGUUUUCCGCAGAUAUAGCCAAUGGCUUACUAGAUGGAGUGCAAUACAACUCUUCCCUAAAACCGAUCGAUUGCCUCGCAAUUGGCCUUCAUCUGAUGAAUAACUCGCGUUGGUUUGCUGCCGAGCAAUGGAUAGGUGCUAGCAUUGAAGCCUAUGAUCAGAAAAGUUCUCAGACCGAGAUGGAGUUAUUGAGGGGACCAAAAAUGGCUGACCUGUGCAGAAUACUGGGUCAAGUUCAAAUGAAGCAGAGAAAUCAUGAGGGUGCUCUUCAAGCCUAUCAGGUUGCCCUUAAGUUCUCGCCUCAUGACCCAGAAAUAUAUGAGGAGUAUCGGAUCCUGGAAAAAAGGGAUCUUACGUUGUCAGAUAUCGAACCUAUGGAGCAGGAUGAGGACAACUCCCACGAAAGAUUGGUUCUUCCGCCCUGUUGCAGUGGACGCUGUGCAGUUCCCCGAAAUCUGAGUAGUCUAUAUUGUGUAUAUAACCAUGUAACCUCCCCAUUUCUGCAACUGGCCCCUAUCAAAACGGAGAUUCUCUCGGUUGAUCCCUUCGUAGUGCUCCUCCAUGAUAUGAUCUCCCAAAAGGAGAGUACUCUCAUCAGAAAUUCGAGCAAGGAACACAUGUUGCCGUCCGCCACAACUGACCCAGAUGCAUCCGAUACCGAAACUCAAGUCGACACAUACCGCACCUCAAAGUCUGUUUGGUAUAGCAGUGACUUCAGCGAUACGACCAAGAAGAUAACCGAGCGCUUGGGAGAUGCGACUGGGCUGGACAUGAACUUUACGGAGUUCUAUCAGGUCAUCAACUAUGGGCUAGGGGGUUUCUUUGAGACGCAUUUGGACAUGUUGCUGUCGGAGAAAAACAGGUUCAAUGGAACCGGAGAUCGUAUUGCCACCACUCUGUUCUAUCUUAAUGAAGUUCGCCAGGGCGGCGGCACGUACUUCGCUCGACUAAAUCUCACGGUAUUCCCACAGCCAGGAUCGGCCCUCUUCUGGUAUAACUUGGACACGAAGGGUAACGAUCACAUGGGCUCCCUGCACACCGGCUGCCCAGUCAUCGUGGGUUCCAAAUGGGUUAUGAGCAAGUGGAUAAAUGAUAUGGGACAGGAGUUUACAAGGCCAUGUGUCGAUUCAAGUUCAAGCUCAAAAGAGGUUUUAUCAGCUGAGCGGCUUAUAAUUUGAUUUAUUUCUUCAUUUUUAUUCCAUAAU